UGCCCAAUUACAAACUUAGGGUUUGAAUGGUAACCAAGGGAACGAAGUGGAACACUGCAUUCCUUAAUGUUCCUCAAAAAUGUUACCAUUCGCGAGGAAUAUUUUUUCCUCUUCAUUCCUUUCCAUUCCCUUUUUUGUAGAGAAUUAUAAUGCAAAUUUGUUCCUUGUUAAUUUUGAUAAGGAACCCUUGUUCCUCAUCGUUCCCAAAAUUUUAUUCCUAUUCAUUCUUUUCCUAAUCAUUCCUAAUGUUCCUUGAUGGUUACCAGUCACACCCUUAAAUAUUCGUUUGAGACGAAGUAAAUUAUGGAUACUCCAAAUUUUUCGAUAUCCACUCCGUCUCAUGCCUACUCCCUAACACUCUUUUGCGCAUAAUUCUCAAUCUUUAUUCCUUUUUGUUAGCUUUUCCAGCUUUUUUUGUUCAAUAUAUCUACUCUCAUUAUCUCGCUAGGUGGCUCAGCAAGAUAAGUCUCAAGAUCUACAUGAUUUCUUAGCUUUAUAUGUGGUUAAGGAUAGUUGGAUCUAUAAAUCCCAAGUACACAAGGAUUCAAAUAUAGCUUUUGACUAAGCUUCACAUCUGCCAAAUAGAUAUCUAAAGUUGCUAUGAUAUUAUCAUUCAUCCCAAAAUUCCCAACGCUUAACUUCAAGCCCACAAGGGGCAUCUACGUCUUGUUACAUAAAAGACAUUUUUUCCUUCUUUAUCUCUAUGAAAAUAUAAGAUUGCUUCAAAAUAAAUCACGCAUAAGCAAUACUUAAAAGUACAUAAUUUUGCAAAAUGAGGUGCCCCCAUAUAACACUAGCUAGGCUUACAUUUUAAUGUUUAUAUUACAGGGAGGUAGUCUGCGUGGGGAAUUUGUAGAUGCAACACCGUUCCGUGAUGCAGUAAAGAAAACACGAUGCAGUAAAGAAAACAAACGGAGAAGAGGAUAGCAAAUCCAGUUCACUUGUUGAUGAUCUUGGUUCCAUGCUGAAGCAAAAGGGAUUCAAUCACUAUGGGACAGAGACUUUAUACAGUGAUUAUUUAGGAGUAGAGCUCAAGUAUGAGAUAUUUAUGGGGCCUGUUUACUACCAAAGGCUGCGUCACAUGGUCUCAGACAAGUUCCAGGUUAGAUCCACAGGAAUGGUUGAUCAGCUAACUCGUCAGCCAAUCAAAGGAAGGAAACGAGGUGGAGGGAUUCGAUUUGGUGAAAUGGAAAGAGACUCAUUGCUUUCUCAUGGAGCUUCCUAUGUAUUACUCGACAGGCUCCACACCUCUUCGGAUCACCACAUUGCGGAUGUGUGUUCCCUGUGUGGAAGCUUGCUGACUUCUUCGGUUUUGAACGUUCAACAGAAGAAGCUGAUUCGAGAGAUUGGAAAUUUACCACCUGGUAGAACUCCAAAGAAGGUAACUUGCGAUUCUUGCAAGACAAGCAAAGGGAUGGAGACUGUUUCCAUGCCGUAUGUGUUCAGGUACUUGGCUGCAGAAUUGGCGUCAAUGAAUAUUAAGAUGACUCUUCAGUUAAGCAACAGUGGUGAAGGAAGCGACAGUGAAGAAGUCUAGUUCAUGGGGGCAUAUGUUGUAUGAAUAUUAUCUUAAAAUUUUGAUGGAUUAGCACAAUAUAUGCUUCUUCUACAACAA